GCACUUCAAUCGACCCUCCACCAGUCACUUUCCCUCGCCCGCCCUUGUACAGACACUCUCUUUCACAGUCGCUCCCUCCAUACCAAAAUUAAGUCACCAUGUUCGCUCGCAUCUACAGCUUGUUCUUCGUCCUCUACUUCUCCCUUCUUGCUCUCGCCAUCCCCUCUCCCGUGGAUGUCGUCCGUCGCGAAGGAGCAGCCACUAGUACUAGUAGUACUAGCAGCAGCAGCAGCAGCCAGUGCAAUACUGGGUCGCUCCAAUGUUGCGAAAGUACUCACUCGGCCAGCAGCGUAUUCACCGCCAGUGCCCCCCUGAGCAUCCUUGCUGCCCUUGGCGGAGGCCUUUUGGGUGUCAAUUGCUCCCCGCUCGCUCCCAUUGGGGUUGGCUCCGGUGCUAGUUGUGCCCAAGAGCCUAUUUGCUGUAGCGGUGAUUCAUUUAGCGGCCUCAUCAACGUCGGUUGUUCUCCCAUUAACGUCAACCCUUAAAAUCAAGAAUGAUGUUUUCCCAUCCUUUUCUUCUUCAAAGACAAUUCAGACCACUUUAGUAACUACCAGUCUUGUUAUUUUCUUCUUGCACCGAGUACAGCCUUGCGUACUUGUAGUGCUUUCCAAUUCGAUGUGUAUCGGCUUUUAUUUAUUACCAUCGUUGUUAUGGAUAGAGCCGGUCCUGUACAGAUUGUCGUUUAUAUACAAGGUCAGAUUUGUCCCAGCUUUAAAUAAUUCCAAUAUUUUUAAAUUCG